GCAUCAGGGGUGAAUUUUGAGCACACCCUGUCACGGCGGCCGUCGCGCAGCGCCGCCAUGACGACUUUCUCCAUGGAGGUGUUUGACAAUGAGGUUGUUCCGUCAUCGCUCCAGUCAAUUGCCCCAAUCCUCCGCGUCGCUAAAGAGAUCCAGAAUGAACGCCCCCGUGUAGCCUAUCUCUGUCGAUUUUAUGCAUUUGAGAAGGCGCACAGAUUGGAUCCAAAUUCCAGUGGACGUGGUGUACGGCAAUUCAAGACCAGUCUUCAUCAAAGAUUAGAUCGGGACAAUGCUUCAACUCUUGCUUCUCGGGUUAAAAAAACCGAUGCCCGAGAGAUUGAGAGCUUCUACAAGCAAUACUAUGAGCACUAUGUUUUGGCACUUAACAAGGGGGAGCAAGCUGAUAGAGCUCAGCUCGGAAAAGCUUACCAGACAGCUGGUGUGCUCUUUGAAGUGCUUUGUGCCGUUAACAAGACUGAAAAAGUUGAGGAAGUUGCUCCUGAGAUUAUGGCUGCAGCAAACGACGUCCAGGCGAAAAAGGAAAUCUAUUCUCCGUAUAACAUUCUUCCACUGGACUCUGCCGGAGCAUCACAGUCCAUUAUGCAACUUGAUGAGGUCAAAGCUUCUGUGUCUGCUUUACGGAACACUGUGGGUUUAGCAUGGCCGAGCUCAUUUGAGCAAACUCGGCAGAAAGCAGGGGAGUUGGACAUUCUUGAUUGGCUGAGGGCCAUGUUCGGGUUUCAGAGGGACAACGUCAGAAACCAAAGGGAGCACUUGAUUCUGUUGCUUGCAAAUAUUCAUACAAGGCUAGUCCCCAAGCCUGAACCGCAAAAUAAACUUGAUGAUCGAGCUGCUGAUGCACUUAUGAAUAAACUUUUCAAAAACUACAAGUCAUGGUGUAAAUACUUGGGAAGAAAACACAGCUUAAGGCUCCCCCAGGCGCAGCAGGAAGUGCAACAAAGAAAGAUUCUUUAUAUGGGCCUUUAUCUUCUUAUAUGGGGUGAAGCAGCUAAUGUGCGGUUCAUGCCAGAGUGCCUAUGCUACAUUUUCCACAAUAUGGCAUACGAACUCCAUGGACUCUUAGCUGGAAACGUUAGCAUUGUUACUGGAGAAAACAUCAAGCCUUCUUAUGGUGGGGACGAUGAAUCUUUCUUACGGAAAGUUAUAACACCCAUUUACCGAGUUAUUGAAAAGGAAGCCAAGAAAGGCAAAAAUGGUAAAGCCCCCCACAUAGCUUGGUGCAACUACGAUGAUUUGAAUGAAUAUUUCUGGUCAUCAGAUUGCUUCUCCUUGGGUUGGCCAAUGCGUGAUGAUGGUGAAUUCUUCAAAUCAGUUCGAGAGGUACCACAGGGGAAACGUGCUCAUCAGAAAAAGCCUGGAAAACUGGGGAAAUCAUACUUUGCAGAAACCCGCACAUUAUGGCAUACAUUCCGAAGUUUUGAUCGUCUGUGGACAUUUCUAAUACUUGCUCUACAGAUAAUGGUUAUCAUUGCAUGGAGUAACAUUUCUUUGUUCGAUAUCCUCCAGAAGAAUGUCUUAUACAGCAUGUCUAGUAUUUUUAUCACAGCAGCACUUCUUCGCCUCGUUCAGAGUGUUUUGGACUUAAUUCUUAACUUCCCAGGCUAUCUGAGAUGGAAGAUCACUGAUGUUUUGAGAAACUUCCUCAAGAUAAUUGUGAGCCUUGCAUGGUCCAUCAUACUUCCUAUGUGUUACGUGAGCCAAAACAAUUCACCGUCAUUUAGCAAGAUCAAAGAUAUGCUUCCAUUCCUUAAUAAAAUGAAGGGAGCGUCUUCUUUAUACAUCGUGGUCGUAGCUGUAUACCUGCUACCAAAUUUAUUGGCAGCAGUCUUGUUUAUUUUUCCAAUGCUGCGACGCUGGAUCGAGAACUCUGAUUGGCUUAUUAUUAGGUUUCUCCUUUGGUGGUCACAGCCAAGAAUUUACGUCGGGAGGGGAAUGCAUGAAAGUCAAUUUUCACUUCUCAAGUAUACUCUAUUUUGGGUGUUACUUCUGUGUUCAAAAUUUGCAUUUGACUAUUUUAUGAUGAUAAAACCUCUGGUAAAGCCCACACAAGAUAUAAUGGACAUUAACCAUGUUGACUAUGCUUGGCACGAGUUCUUACCAAAUGCUAAGCAUAACUAUGGAGCUGUUGUUGCACUUUGGGCACCAGUUAUCUUGGUUUACUUCAUGGACACCCAGAUAUUCUAUGCUAUAUUCUCUACCCUUUAUGGAGGUUUUAUUGGUGCGUUCGAUCGUCUUGGUGAGAUUCGAACUUUAGGUAUGCUAAGGUCACGUUUUCAGUCUUUACCUGGUGCAUUCAAUGCUCAUUUGGUGCCAUCUAACAAAGCUAGGAAAAGAGGAUACUCUCUUUCAAAGCAGUCGAAAGAGGUAAAUGAAAGUAGGAGAUGUGAAGCUGCAAAAUUUGCUCAGUUGUGGAAUGAAGUAAUCUGUAGCUUCCGUGAAGAAGAUCUUAUAAACGACAGGGAGAUGGACCUGCUUCUUGUACCUUACUCCUCAGAUCCUAGCCUGAAAUUAAUACAAUGGCCCCCCUUCUUGCUUGCUAGCAAGAUCCCGAUAGCGUUGGAUAUGGCAGCUCAAUUUAAAUCGAAGGAUGCUGACCUCUGGAAACGUAUAUGUGCGGAUGAGUAUAUGAAAUGUGCUGUCAUUGAAUGCUACGAAUCAUUUAAACUUGUAUUGAAUGCCUUGAUCGUUGGAGAAACUGAGAAAAGGAUUAUCGGGAUCAUCAUAAAAGAAGUUGAAAGCAAUAUAACAAAGAACACAUUGCUUACAAAUUUCAGAAUGAGGUCUUUACCUGAUCUUUGUAAGAAAUUUGUGGAACUUGUGGAGAUAUUGAAAGAUAGCGAUCCAUCCAAGAAAGAUAGGGUUGUUUUAUUGCUGCAAGAUAUGUUGGAAGUAGUCAGCCGUGACAUGAUGGUGAAUGAGAUUCGUGAACUUGCCGAAGUUGGUCAAGGAAGCAAAGACUCUGCGAAGCAACUUUUUGCCAAUAUUGUAUUCCCUCCCCCAAAUACUGCACAAUGGGAUGAGCAGAUACGACGACUCUAUUUGCUACUUACUGUUAAAGAAUCUGCAAUUGAUGUGCCAACAAAUCUUGAAGCGCGACGGAGGAUAGCAUUUUUCACAAACUCACUUUUCAUGUACAUGCCGCGUGCCCCUCGAGUGCGCAAAAUGCUGUCAUUCAGUGUUAUGACUCCCUAUUAUAGUGAGGAGACUGUCUACUCCAAAAGCGACCUUGAAAUGGAAAAUGAAGAUGGUGUAUCAAUUAUAUAUUACCUUCAAAAGAUUUAUCCAGAUGAAUGGAAUAACUUCGUCGAACGCCUGAAUUGUAAAGUAUCCGAAAUUUGGGAAAAUGAAGAAAAGAUACUGCAACUACGCCACUGGGCCUCCUUAAGAGGACAAACUCUUAGCAGAACAAUCAGAGGGAUGAUGUAUUAUAGAAGGGCAUUAAAGCUUCAAGCUUUUCUAGACAUGGCUACAGAAGAUGAGAUACUUGAAGGGUAUAAAACUAUUAUAGAACCAUCGGCGGAAGAUAAGAAGAGUCAAAGAUCCGUAUAUACACAGUUAGAGGCUGUAGCUGACAUGAAGUUUACUUAUGUUGCCACCUGCCAGAACUAUGGAAACCAGAAGCUCAGUGGAGAUCGUCGCGCAACUGACAUUUUAAAUUUGAUGGUUAAUAAUCCAUCUCUUCGUGUAGCAUAUAUAGAUGAAGUUGAGGAAAGGGAAAGUGGAAAAAAUCAGAAGGUUUAUUACUCUGUAUUGGUAAAAGCUGUUGAUAAUCUUGAUCAGGAAAUUUACCGUAUAAAGCUGCCUGGUUCAGCAAAGGUAGGAGAAGGGAAACCUGAAAACCAAAACCAUGCUAUUAUCUUUACUCGUGGGGAAGCUCUUCAGACCAUUGACAUGAAUCAGGACAACUAUUUGGAGGAAGCUUUUAAGAUGCGCAAUCUACUUGAGGAAUUCAACGAGGAUCAUGGGGUGCGAUCGCCUACAAUCCUGGGUGUUCGUGAGCAUAUUUUCACUGGAAGUGUCUCGUCUUUGGCUUGGUUUAUGUCGAACCAAGAGACAAGCUUUGUCACCAUUGGCCAGAGAGUUCUUGCAAGACCAUUGAAGGUGAGAUUUCACUAUGGGCAUCCGGACGUUUUCGACAGAAUUUUCCACAUCACCCGAGGGGGUAUUAGCAAAGCUUCAAGGGGAAUUAAUCUUAGUGAGGAUAUAUUUGCUGGUUUUAAUUCAACACUAAGACGUGGAAAUAUAACUCACCAUGAAUACAUUCAAGUUGGAAAGGGACGAGAUGUUGGCCUCAAUCAGAUCUCACUUUUUGAAGCCAAAGUUGCGUGCGGUAAUGGGGAGCAGACACUCAGUCGGGAUAUCUACAGAUUAGGGCAUCGCUUUGACUUCUUCCGCAUGUUGUCAUGUUACUACACAACAACUGGUUUUUAUGUCAGCUCAAUGCUGGUGGUCCUUACGGUAUAUGCAUACUUGUACGGUAAGCUCUAUCUUUCAUUAAGUGGGCUAGAGAAGACCAUAGUCAGACACGCAAGAGCUAGAGGAGACGAUGCUUUGACAGCUGUCAUGGCUUCUCAAUCUAUUGUUCAACUAGGUAUUUUAAUGACACUCCCCAUGGUUAUGGAAAUCGGACUCGAGAGGGGCUUUACAACUGCAGCUGGCGAUGUAAUAAUCAUGCAACUUCAACUAGCCGCUGUCUUCUUCACUUUCUCACUCGGUACGAAGCUCCAUUACUUUGGCCGAACAGUGUUGCAUGGCGGUGCUAAAUACAGAGCCACCGGCCGUGGUUUCGUGGUGAGGCAUGAAAAAUUCGCAGAGAAUUACAGAAUGUACUCGAGGAGCCACUUCACUAAAGCUCUCGAAUUGAUGAUUCUCCUCAUAGUUUAUCACGCCUAUGGAACAGCUACCCCCAACUCUAAAGCUUAUCUGUUCCUCACUUUCUCGAUGUGGUUCCUUGUUAUUUCGUGGCUGUUUUCUCCGUUUCUUUUCAAUCCUUCUGGAUUCGAGUGGCAGAAGAUAGUCGAGGAUUUGGAGGACUGGACUAAGUGGAUAAGUAACCAUGGUGGAAUCGGAGUUCCAGCUACCAAGAGCUGGGAAUCGUGGUGGGAUGAGGAGCAAGAGCAUCUCCAAUACACGGGAUUCUCCGGAAGGUUCUGGGAAAUCGUCCUUUCUCUGCGCUUCUUCUUGUACCAGUAUGGAGUUGUUUAUCAGUUGCAUGUCACACAGAAUGACAAGAGCAUUGUGGUUUAUGGUUUAUCUUGGCUGGUCAUUGUUGCUGUGGUGAUAAUUUUAAAGAUUGUGUCGAUGGGGAGAAAGAAGUUCAGCGCAGAUUUCCAGCUGAUGUUUCGACUUCUAAAACUGUUCUUAUUCAUCGCAUUCAUAAUCGGACUUAUCAUCUCCAUAAAAUUCCUCGAGCUCACAAUCGGAGACAUUUUUGCCAGCUUGUUAGGCUUCUUACCAACCGGAUGGGCACUUCUAUUGAUAGCACAAGCUUGUAGGCCUAUUACAAAGGGACUGGGAAUGUGGGGAUCGGUAAAAGCUCUAGCAAGAGGUUACGAGUACCUAAUGGGAUUCGUGAUUUUUGCUCCAGUAGCGAUAUUAGCUUGGUUCCCGUUUGUGUCAGAGUUCCAAACAAGGCUGCUAUUCAACCAGGCUUUUAGCCGAGGUUUGCAGAUUCAGCGUAUUCUUGCCGGUGGAAAGAAGAAUAAGUGAUCAAAUAAUACUUCCGUAUGUAUGUAUAUGAUCAUUACGCAACACUAAAUAAGUAAAUAUUCUUGAUCAUUGCUUAAUGAUGAGGAAAUGAAGUAAAGAUGAGAAGAGAAAUGCAGGCCAAGUGACCAUAAAGCUGGCUGUAUAGAUUUUUUCUACUAGGCCUUGUUUUUCUACACACAUACACACACACAUAUAUAUACGUAUACCUUGUGCUAUGCAUGAGAGAAUCAUUUUGUAGAGAACACAGUCACAUACGGAUUUCUGUUAUAUAGAAGAAUAGAUCAAAUUUGUUAUACACAAUUUCUUUACAAUAUUCAUAUUACAUGAAAUUCCUAGAC